CUGGCAUCAUUAGUGCAACACAGCAAUGUUUGGCGGAAAUACAGGCUCCAAUCCUUUCGCGUCUGCGAGCUCAGGAACAGGCACCCCUGCUGGCGGAUUAUUUGGAGCUCCGCAUUCUGGAACCGGGGCCGGCAUAUUUGGUUCAGCUGCAAGUGGAGGUGGAGGUCUUUUUGGUGCACCAGCAUCCUCUGCAACCUCUGCAACCGCAAGUUUGUUUGGAGCAGGCUCUUCGUCCUCAGGGGCAAACUUGUUUGGUGGUGCACCUGCAGGCCCAGACGCGGGCAGCCUCUUUGGUGGAGGUGGAGGUGGCGGAGCGGCAAGCACCGGAGGGCUGUUUGGAGGCUCCUCUGCAUCCUCAAGCCUUUUCGGAGCGUCUGGCAGCGGCAGUGCAGGGGGCAGUCUCUUCGGUGCUGCACCAGGCAGUGGAGCCACAAGUGCGGCCGGCAGUAUCUUUGGUUCUGCAGCUGGAGGAGCUAGCUCCGGGGGUGGAAGCCUAUUUGGAGCAUCGGGUGUAGCAGGUGGCAGCCUGUUUGGCGCAGCCCCAAGCGGA